AUGAUUUUUAAUGAUAAUAUGGAUGAACCGGAUAUUAUUGAAAAUAUAAAUGCUGAUAUGUUGGUGAUCAAUGAUGUUGAUGAUAACGAUAAGCUUGUAAAUAAGAAUCAAAAAAAAAGAAGAAAAAAUUUUAAAUGUCCAUAUGAAGAAUGUGAUGGAUGUUUUGUAAAGAAUAUUCGUCUACAAACUCAUAUCCGUAUCCGUCAUACCGGUUAUGCACCGUAUGAAUGUCCACGCGAUAAUUGUCGUGCAUCGUUUGCAUGUCAAUCCUAUCUUAAUAAACAUUUACGUCGACAUGAUAAGGAACCAUCGAAAAAAUCUCGUCAACGUCGUGAAUAUGCAUGCACAGAAUGUCCUGAAUUAUUGUUUCGAAAUAAAACUCAACUAAAACAACAUCAAGCAAGUGUACAUAAUCAAAUGCCAUUUAAAUGUGAACAUUGUGAACGUGGAUUCAUUGUACGUUCGAAAUUAAAUGCUCACCGACGUCGUCAUCGUGGCUAUCAAUGUGGCCGUGAAAAUUGUAAUUAUCAAACUGAUAAAUGGACUGAUUUACGUAAGCAUUUAGCCAAAGAACAUCGAAAACUUGAAUGUAAUGUCUGUAUGAAAACAUAUUCAUCAUCAUAUCAUCUACGUGUACAUCGACAGACAGCUCAUCCGGACGAAUCAAUAGAAGUACCGAAAUUUCAUUGUCCACAUACCGAUUGUGAUCGAAGUUAUACCCGUUCGUCUUCUCUACGAGGACAUUUACUAGCUAAUCAUUGUGAUCCGAAACAUUGCUGUUCAAAUUGUGAUAAACGAUUUCGACAUAAAAAAACAUUGGUGGCACAUUUGGAUCGUUGCCAUUCGAGCAAUAGUGGCAAUAAUGAACGAAAAAAAGUGAUAUCGAAAAAAACUUCAAAGAUUAAAUUAACCAAAGCUAAAUUGGAUAAAUUACUUCGAGUAAAAUCAUUGUUUCAGCCCAAACAAUCGAAUACUGAAGAAACCACCGAUACAGAUUGUAGUGAAAAUAUCAAUCACAGUGAUGGUUAUGAUGAUAAUAAUGACAGAAUCGAUUAUGAUAUGUUAGCCGAAUCGAAUCUCAUGUCCGAUAUGUUAAAAACCAAUCAAUGAAGGCAGGCAUUCUAAACGAAUCAAAGUCAAAUGAAAACAAAAAUUAAUCAAUCAAUCAUUCGAUUUGAAACAAAAAAAAAUUGACCGAAUG